GCAACUUCAGCUCAGAGACUCUCCUUUGUAUCUAUUGAACACACCUUACAUCGACCAGACCUUAACUGAACAAUCCAGCAUAUCUACGAGUGUCCUCACUUUACAAUCAAGACAUGUCCGCGGAUCUGCAUGGCAGCCAAAGAGCUGUCGAGACACUGGUGUCCAAACUGCGUAGACGACAGGUGGUUGGCUCACGAGAGGCGGCCCUCGAAACAGUGCUUGUACUGCGACAGGUUGUUUCGAAAGCGCGCUUUUCGAAUAUCGAUCAACUCAUUAGUUUGAUUCGAUCCGUUGGGAAACGGUUGGUGGAGGCGCAACCAAAAGAACAUAGUGUUGGAAACACUGUCCGCAAACUUCUACACCACAUUCGGGAGGAAUAUAAUACCGCGAUGACAGGGAAUGCCUCAUCUUCAAAGACUGUAUACUCGAUAUCCAACUUCGUCCUACAAGGACAACCCAGAAAACAAAAUGUUGCUCCAAAGUCCGAAGCUACACUCACACUGAAAGAAAACGACCCUGAUGAUCCAGACUCGUUUGCGAGAGUUUUGAAGCCGGUGCUUAUGGAGGCUAUCCAGGAUGUUCUUGACGAGCUGGAAACAGUAUACGACAAUAUUUCGAAGAAUGCAAAGGACCAUAUUCACUCAGAUGAGAUCAUCUUGACAAUUGGUCACUCAAAAACUGUGGAGACCUUCCUCAAGGUAGCAGCACACCAUCGUAGUUUUACUGUUAUUGUCGCCGAAACAGGACCUUCAUAUAAUGGCCAUGAAAUGGCACGCGCCCUCUCAUCCGCAGGCAUCUCCUCUUUCCUCGUUCCCGACUCCUCAAUAUACGCCAUCAUGUCCCGCGUCAACAAAGUCAUCAUCGGUGCCCAUGCAAUUCUCGCCAACGGCGGGAUGUUCGCAAUCACGGGCUCGCUACUAGCUGCCAAUGCCGCAAGAGUACAUAGUACUCCUGUCGUGGUUUGUGCGGGCCAGUUCAAACUCACACCACUUUGGAACUUGUACCAUGACUUUGGAGCCUUAGACUUCGCGGACCCAAGUAGUGUAUUAGGUUUCGAAGAGGGGAAUUUGGUGGAUAAGGUGGAUGUUUUGAAUCCGUAUUAUGAUUAUGUCGGACCCGAGCUGGUGGAUGUGUUUAUCACCAACGACGGUGACCAUCCACCGUCAUCUGUCUACAGAUUGAUCAAAGAGACGUAUGAUGACGACGACCAUGAAUUGUAAUCGUUUGACUUCUUGGACAUCGGCCUCCGGCCUCUUGUCAUCACGGUAGCGACCUCCUCGGACAUAUUCAUGCCAGACAUAGCUAGGCAACGACUACAUAUGUAUUUAGACUGCCCGACUUGCACUGUCUGGGCUUGUCCGUCCACAUGCUGAGAACAGCGAUUGCGACAGGGGGCGUGUGGACUUUGAGUUGCCGGCUUAUUGAUUAUAGAAUUUGUAUUGUAUACAUGUCUAUAAAUCGUGACGAAGACUGUAGCGAUUAGGCAGCCUCUCUCAUAUAUCACUGUCAUGUCUUGAGAAUAUCGUAGAAGGCCUCCUGUGGCAACUCGACAGUACCGAUUUUCUUCAUUUUCUUUUUGCUC